UCUCACACACUAUAAAAACGGGCGACUAGUGGAGGAUUUGAUUAACAAACACUCCUCUGAGGGACUAAUUGGAUUAAAUAUAUGGUCUUUUUGCUAUCACAAACGAUGGAAAGCAAGUUUGUAAUAUGUUCGGCACUUUUUCUUGCCUGGCUUACUCUCGUAAACGGAUCCCCAGCAUCAGUGCAAGUGGGCGAGCUUACCAAAGCAAAAAAUGUGUCGUGGUCAUCAUACAAUUUCAAAACAAUCCUAUCAUGGGGACCUAAACCUGUCAAUUACACAUAUACAGUUGAAUUCUCAAGAGCUGGUAGGGACAAACAGAGAAACCCUCACUGCAUCAGGAGCACCGAGACCGAGUGCGACCUGACCAAUGAUUUGGACGUAAAGGGGGUUUAUACUGCUGAAGUGCUCUCAGAGUCCCUGCACGGGAUGACUUCUGACCAUGUGGAGCCUCCAUACACCAGAUCAAAGCAGUUCUGCCCUUAUAACGACACUUUGAUUGGAAGACCUGAGUUCAAGUUCACGACGAGUGAGGACAAAAAGAUUGUGCUGAUCAUACAGGACCCCAUCACAGCUCUGCACAAAGAUGGCAGAUCUCUGAACAUCCGAGACAUCUUCAAAAAAAAUCUCAAGUACAGGAUUGCGUACAACAAGGCUGGAAGCACGGGAAAAAAAACAAUGACUGUGGAUGAGAGCAGAGUAGAGUUCAGUAGGCUAGAUGAGGAUCAGAGUUACUGCUUCAGCGUGGCUGCAUAUAUCCCUUCCCGUAAAGGAGACAAAAUGUUCGGAGACUGGAGCCUCCCCAAGUGCUCGCCACAGGAGAACAAGACUCUGAUUGAGGAGUAUGGACUGGCUGUGAUUGGUGGAGGAGCGCUUAUUAUACUGGCUUUUGUAAUUGCUGUAAUCGUUCUGAUUGUGGUGUGCUGUAAACGAGCACAAAGACAAAAAACGUUGGCCAAGGAAACCUUAGUCUAGACUCUGACAUAGAAGAAUCAAUUUCUGCUGAUGGAGCUGAGAACGGGACGUACAGCUGGACUGUAACCUUUUUGCUGAGAGGGACCGGUGUGUGCGUAGCACACCUGCAGUGCAGCACUGGACUGGUUUCUAUGAAACAGUAACACUACACGAUAUGUUAAACAUAUCGGACCUUUGCUUUUAUUUUAUUUUUUAUGGAUAAAUAGAACAGUGUAUUUGUUUAUUAAAAGCCUUAUUUAUUAUUUUCUUUAUAAAUGCAUUUCAUUAGGUGCUGUGUGUGUAUAGAGUUUUAUAUCUAGAUUGAAAGUAUUUAAUGAGGAUAAACUAUAUAUAUAUUUUUAAAUGUAAAUGAUACUUCUUGGAACUUCAAAUAAAUUAUACUUGUCAUAA